AUGGAGUUCAGGGUCUUGAGGCUUGGAGUUCCAAGUGGCUUUUGGCCAGCCUCCGCACACGCAGCCUACCCAGUACCUAGCUUUUUGGUGCAGGCUGCCUACGAACGAGCAGAGGUGGCAGCAGAGAAGGCAGCCAAAGAGGCUGCCAAAGAGGCCGCAAAGAAGGCACAGCAAAAGAAAGGACCUGCAAAGGCCUCCACGGAAGAUGCCGCGAAGGCGCGUGGUGAAGGUUGCAUGUAUGCCUCACGAGUUGGGUGCAGUGAUGCGGCAUGUAGCGGAGUUUUGAGGCGGCAUUUGCAAAAUGAUGUAAAAUCAAUGGUGUGA